AUCGAGUGUGUCUGUGUUGGCUUCGACCGUUUUACUCAAUUUUAUCGAUAAUUGGAAGUGUUUGAUGGCCUAUCAUAACGUAAGAACAACUAAAGAGACAGGAUCUUGAACUACAGGCGAGAGAUAUCUGGCAGCGGAGGCUAUGGCACUUUGCACCUUUGGCCUCCAUGGUUAUCUCCUUUGUCGUUUCAAGUGUAUUGUGUUGUUCAAGAGCAAACCUUAAGGCGAAAAACAAACUGUUUUUAUUUAAAAAAUUAGCUUGGCAGAGAGGAUUAGCUAUGCGACCACUGCGCGUAUUAAAUGUUGCUGAGAAAAAUGAUGCAGCGAAGGAGCUGUCCAGAAUCAUGUCUAGAGGACAGAGCUCGCGGGUAGGUAUGGGUAGGUAAAACAGGGUCCUGGUAGGGGGGUGGGUGGGGAGUUACUACUUCUGUGGGUAUGUCGCGCAACAGGUUCAUAAUUUUGGGGACUUUUGAUCUACACUCUUUUUUUCUAUAAGGAUAUAUGUUAUAAGAAUAUCGAGGCUGAAAUUUACAAAAUUUUAAGAAUAUUUUAAGAAUAAACCCCAGGCAAAGAUUUUGUGUGUUUGAAAACUGUAAAUACAACACAGUUAUUGUGUUUUCAACUUAUUCCAUUCACUAAAAGGCAAAACUUGCCCGCAAAAUGAAAAAACCUGCACAUACUGUAAUUGAUACCCCAAUAUUAUAUUCUAAAAUGGAAAUAUCAUAAGCCAUAAUUUAACAGUGAUACAAGAAUAUUUUUCGUCUAAAAUUGGCAGAAAAAUAAGAAUUUUCAGCCUAGGCCAGAAAAACAAUAUUUUUAUACAAAAAAAGAGUGUAGAUAGAAUAGGGUAUGAUGUUCCAAAUGUACCUUGCGCAUGGAGGCUUCAAUUUAAUCAGCAGCCAUUUUGAAAUUAAUAAUUAUUUUAUUCACAGAGAAAUUGCUUGACAAAAUGCAUGGAAUUUAAAGAACUUGUUAUCAUAGUUUUUGGUAUCAUUUUGAGUGGAUUUUUAUAACACAGAGUCCAAAUUUGAACACCCAGGCAGCACAUACCCACCCAAAACAUACCCGAGUACCCCCACCCCCCAGGGACAGAGUAGGAUGGGAGAGGGGUUACAGGAAUCAUCUCUAUCAUAAGGCGCCAGAAAUACAUGUACUGAGAAGUUUAUAAUAAUGCCAUUAACUUAUCCACCGCUCAAUUAAGCAGUAUCUUAAUUUCUGACCAACUGGGCUUAGUAAAGUUAAACUUGGGCAGGUAUAAGGUCACUGCAAAUAGGCACAGCUUAUACAAUAUUUCAAAUUGUUUUAGAAGUGCCAUCCAUUGCAUAACCUGUACUAAUGCAAGAUGAUGAAAUAAGUGUUUCUUAUUUUGGCUGAAAACGUUCUAUGAUUACCAGCUACUCUGGUUAAGAAGUCAAAUUUAGUAACACAUGUAUGUUAGCUAUUAUGUUUAAGGGUGCAAUUUAGUUAUAACCUUUACUAACCUAAAAUGGUUUUGAUCACUUAGUUGAUGAAGUCAAUAAGUCACAGCAAAAGGAUUGAAAAGUUGCUGUUGCGAGCAAAAUCUUUUGGCACCUAUACUCAUUGUCCAGUUUUACAGCUUGUGUGCCUGUGUUGUCAUUUACAAAUUAACUGCAAGAAACUGUGUUGAAUAAUUGAUGCUGUUGUUUUUGAUAGGCUUUGAUUUCUUUGCAGAGAGAAGGGUUCUCCAAGUUUAACAAGAUUUAUGAGUUUGAAUACAACAUUUUAGGAAGUGUGAGUAUUAUAAAUGCUUCUCUUCUCUUAGUUAAUCACCUUUUAUAAAUGAUCAUUGCUUCCAAAAGCUCUUUGCUACUUCCUUUACACUUUAUAUAUUAAUUUUUUUAUUGUCAAUCGUUACAUAUGUAUACUUGUAUGUAUUGUACACUAUAAGCAUAAAAAUUUCAUGUCUCCUGUGGUUUUACUAAUAACAGAAUGCCACAAUGGUGAUGACUUCUUUGUCUGGACAUAUGAUGACGUUGGACUUUACAGCCAGUCACCAAAAAUGGUAAGGCAAAAGACUGAGACAAGGCUGUAACUCAAUGUUUGCAAUUAUACAGCAUAGUUGACAUAGUGAUACAUUGUAAAAUGGCAGGGUAUCUUUGGGGGAAAUAAUGUGGUUUCCAUUCAGUGAAGUGGUUUGCUUAUUACUUUCCUGCAGUACUUUAGCUGUUUAGUUCUAUAUUGAACCUUAAUAUGAGCUGAGGGAUGGUCUUAUAAGCAGUAGACCAAUGGUCCUCCCAAUCCAGGUCUCUCAUCACUGAAAUUAACUACAACCCUGGUCAAAACUCUUGGGACACUAAUGCAAUGGGUCAUCAAAUUGAGGCAUCUUCCCUCCCCCCUUCCCCCUCCGUGCAGUGUUGAUGUUACGCAUUCAAGUUUCAAUUCAACACCGAUUGUAUGAGAGGGGGACAGCAGAAAUAGCCCCUUAUAACACAUCCCCAAGCUUUUUUAAGAGGUAGAAUAUGAGUUAACUUAGCAAAGUGUCUUUGUGCCUAAUUUCCUCAAGUGUCCCAAGACGUUUUGACCAGGGUUGUACAGGCAGCUAUAAGUUUUAAUCAUAGCUAUUUCAAGGAAUUCCGGUAAUUUUUCAGUGUUCCACUGUUGUUAAUUCCUACAGGCAUAGUUGUUCCCCAGUAGCACUUUUCAGUGCACCUGUUAAAAAGUUUGUUGGAGAAAACUUCCUUCCAAUUAAAGUAAGAGCUUAAAAUUAUUAUUAUUGUGUGUGUGUUAAGAUUCAGCAAUUACAGGGUUGUGCUCUGGCAGAACUCCAGCUCUACAGGCUUUAUGGUUGGUACCCUAGAUUUUACAGGUUCAGCGCACUAGGCCUGCUUCAAUUUUCCUUAGAGCAUGGCCUUGAUUUAGCAUAAUCUGCCUGCUAAACUCUAGACUGUACAUGUUACUUAUUUGAAUCAGUUUCAUUGCUAAUACAUUGAUGUCAAGAUGCGUCAAUCAUGUUUGAAAAUUGGAAACAAAACAUACUUAAAAAUAACGUACCAUUUGUGACCUGUAUCUACUUUGGUCUUCCUUUCAGAAUUAUGCUUCAUCAUUAUUCAGUUGUGUUUACACCUUUAAUUAUGUCUUUUGAAUUAGAAAUAUGGCAAAAAUAUAGUAUAUUAUACGAAAAUGAUAUGUUAACCUUCAAUUCUAAUUUGUUUUACAGAGGACUUUGGAAAGAGAAGUGCGUGGCUGUGGAGUCUUAAUUAUCUGGACUGAUUGUGAUAGAGAAGGAGAAAACAUAGGAUUUGAAGUCAUUGAUGUGUGCAAAAAUAGUAUGUUAUUUAUGACUUUUUUUUUCUCCCUUAUUUUAACACAGGGCUUGUUAAAACUAUUACUAUACUUGACAAAAUUUAAUAGCCUGAAAGGGUGCUUAGUUUUAAACAUACUGGAAACUUACAUGUGUUUAUAAUCAAAAGGUAUUGAACUCGAUGUUGAUUAUUAAACUAAUGCUUCUGUUUUCCUUUUUCUUUAAGUCCGUCCAAACAUAAGGAUUUAUCGCGCAAAGUUUUCUGAAAUCACCAAUCAGUGAGUAGUAAAAGCAGUGUUGUUAUUUAAAAAGCUGUGAAAAUGAUUUCAAAACCUUUACUUUUUUCUUAAAGGCAACUCAAAGUUGCCAUAGAAAACUACUGGCAUGCUAACUGUGUACAGGUAAAACUUUACUAUUUUUGGUGAAAGCAUGGUAGAGUGGUUAGAGUGCUAGACUUGCAAUCCAGAGGCCCCGAGCUCAAGUCCCGAGCAGUGACCUCUUGUUGGAUAGGUUUCAUGUUUCAUCUGUUAUUUCAGAUCAGUUACAAGAGCUGUACAAAAUUUAGUUCAACCUGAUGAGUUGCAGGCUCAAGCUGUGGAUGUGAGAAUGGAGCUUGAUCUUAGAAUAGGUAUGUUUAUACAGGUCAACAUUAAAUUCAAGGUAAAAAUUUUUAACCUAGAUUAAUUCUCAAUUUCCUUUGUCUCCUAGCCCUGAUUAUUUGUGAAUUAGGGCUAGGCAAUAAAGGAAAUUGAGAAUCAACCUACAUUUAGGUGAAUAAAACAUUUUGACCAGUGUAACAGGUAUAUCCUGGAUUUUCCUUGUACUUUCAUCCGUGCCUUUCAAUAAUUCACAUAAUAUUCAAUUUACAGUUCAACCUCUACAAUGGCCAUUUCUUUCUCACAGGAUCUAUCCUGUGUAAUAAGGCUCCCAAGAUAGUUAAAGUACAUUUCUUGACUUAAUUGUUUACCAUCAAGAACGAUCUUGAAUUCCUCACCAGGCCUCUUACUGAUUUUCAUGCACAUCCUGGCAAUUAUCUUUCUUUCUUCUUUCUUCUGGCACUAUCACUUGACACAUAUGGCCAAGCUAGUAGAAAAAUGCACGCAAAUAAGAGGCAAAGGGUGCCAUGAAUAUGUUUUAGCUUGGUCAGAAAAAUUCAAAAACACAAUAGUCAUAUGAUAAAAUGCUUAUUGGCUGAGUUAGGUUGGGCGAGACGGGAAAACAUUUUGCUCUCAGUCAGGGUGCACGGACCUCAAGCCAAAUAUUUUCCUGUCCGGCCCUCCCACCUAGUCAAUAUGCACAUAUUUUACUUUAAUUCUUUUCUUGUUGGGUAGGUGCUGCAUUUACUCGGUUUCAAACCUUAAGGCUGCAGAAAGUUUUUCCUGAUGUUUUAAGCGAAAACCUUAUAAGCUAUGGUAAGUAUUUUAAAUGAUAACAAAACUUUAUCGUUACAAUUUUGUAGAAAAUAGGGCAGCCUUUUUUUUUCAUUUUUAAUGAGAUACUAUGUUUACACUGUAUGUUGAUUUGUAGAGUGGUACAGACUACCCUUAUCUGACAGACGUUUAUUGAUCUCUUGUUUUAGGCAGCUGCCAAUUUCCUACUUUAGGUUUUGUUGUUGAAAGAGUAAGUGAUUAGUUUGCUUGUUUUGUUAUAAACUUGUUCAGGUUCAUUUCAACAUUAAAUAGUCUUGUAUAUCCUAGUACAUUAAAAUGAAUCAUAAGUGAAAAUGAUUGCAGACUAGUUCAGGUCUGUCACCAUUAGGGCUGGCUAAUUAAACCAUGUUGUGUGUUUUUUCCCUAAGUAUAAACAGGUACAGCAGUUUGUACCAGAGACAUUCUACAAGAUUAAAGGUGGGUAGGCUAGAGUGGUCCUUUGAAUCCCGCAUAGUGUGGUGCAAAUAAAUUAUUUAUGUUUCAGCCAAUUCAUUUUUUUUAUCAUUACCAGCAUUGCUGACAAGAGAAGGAAUUUGUUUGUGCAAUUUUCUUGAAAUUCAUCAAAUUGUUAAUUGUCUAAUAAUUAUGUUUGAGUGGACAAGAUAGUAAUAAAAUGAGUUUUCUUUUAGUUACUCAUCAAGUAGAAGACACAAAAGUGGAUUUUACCUGGAGAAGGUAGUUUUUUUUUCUUGUCAAAGUUACACAUAACAUUACUUCAAACUACUUAAGCAUUUUAUAUAAGUAUUUUGUAUUCCUAAAUUUUAACAUUGAUCUGAAUGGAUUGGAAUGCUCCUGCUGUUGUGAUUUGUGUUUCACCCUUGUGACAAUUCAUGAUCCUAGGGGAAGACUGUUCCACCGUUUACCGUGCCUUGUCCUCUAUCAAAUUUGUUUGGAGGUGAGAUAUUACAUUGUAGGAUCAUGCUUCAGUAGAACCCAAAAUAAAGAGGUAGAAGUAUUCUUUAACUUGUGUAAGGAAUGUCAACUAGUUAAGUGUAUAGCUCAGUAUGUUGAAGGCUUCAAAAAAACUUUGAAUUCAGGCUUUUCCUUUGGGCAGCUCAGCUUCCGCAUUUUGCUUCCCAGGGUAACUUCUUGCUUGUCUGAAUCAAAUGAUUUUGUUAGAGGAUGACUUUCCUCGAGCUUUUCCCAUUGGGCAAGUAUCUUUAAGAGUUUAUACUUGACUACUGGACAAGACUUUUUUCUCGUCCUGUAUGUUGUUAUGAAAUCUUGCAUGCAACUGUAAGUACACAGACCAUGAUAUGUUCGCUCUGUUUGUGCUGACUUGACAUUGUGGCGUCAAUGUUGUCAAAAAUUAGUAAUAGUCUAUUUCACACUUCUCUUUGUUCAAUUUUAAGCGAAGAGCUUUCAUUUGAUACUGGUGCUAAGCUUGUAAGCCUUUCUCAGGGAUUCCACUAAGAUUUCAAGUUGCUGGGUAAAUACAACAAGUAGGCAGGGAAUAAGACAGCUAGGGAUUUCCUUCAGUGCUAUGCUUCUUCUAUUUUCUUAAGAAAGUAGCCGGUGACCACAUUCAUAGUAGCCGGAGGAAAUCCCCAGCCCCUGCCUCUUAAUGAUAGCCCUGCUUUCUUCAUGUGAGAAUAGCCAACACAUGUCUAGAAUAGUUAUCCUUUACUAAAGAGUUUUACCCCCACUUCUGGAUGCUCUCUAAUAACAGAAGUUUACUAGGCCUUAAGUUUGCCAUGUCAUGUCAGUGUCAAUCUUUUUAAUGAUUUUUUGUCUUGUUUCUUAUUCAAUAAGGAUCCUACAGCAAAAGUUCUGAGUACUUCAUCUCAUCCCAAGAGCAAGUGGAGGCCAUUACCAUUGGACACAGUGGUAGGUACAUUGAGAUCUCUCUUGAACUUAUAUGAAGAUGCAUGUUGCAUUUUAAUAAAACAUUCUUUAUGUUAAAGGAACUUGAAAAACUGGCAUCACGUAAGCUUAAAAUCAAUGCUAAGGAGACAAUGAAAAUAGCAGAAAAACUCUACAAUCAGGGGUAAGUACAUUGCUCAUUUCACUGCCUCAAUGAUUGUUAAUUUGUUGGUAGUGUUGAUAGUGUUGUUUUUAAAACACUUACUAUAUAAAAGCCAAAAAAAUGAAGCAGAUCUAUAUGCAUAAUGUUUCAGGUUCAUCAGUUAUCCACGCACAGAAACCAACAUGUUUCCCAAGUCUUUAGAUCUGAGGCCUCUUAUUCAAAAUCAAACUGUUGAUGCCAACUGGGGAGGUAAGUUCAAGAUUGUUUAAUAUAGAGUACCUUAUUAUAGGAAAUUAAUGAUGCACUUUAUUAAUGCAAUUUUAAAAAAAUCGCGUUAAUUUAAUGCAUCUUAAUUUACGUCGAUGUUAAUUUAAAUCACACUAUUUCACAUCAUUGUUGUUUUACAGCACCUUUAUUUCAAUAACAAAACCUUGCCUGCUCAUAGUUCCUCUAUCAAUACCUCAGAGUCACUAUCUGACAGUUCUUCUUUAAGAAUUGAGUUCAAAAUGUCUUUCAACUAGUCUUUGCAUUGAUCUGUUUCACUAAGGGGAUAACUAACUUCUUCAGUCUUUCUUCUUAAAAUUUCCAUUUACGUUUAUUUCUGUUAUUCCUUUAGAUAUUAUGUUGAGAAGUUUUCAUUGCAGCAAAUUUGUGUGAAAUAAAGUUAGGUGCACAUUGUUUUCAAAAAUUUCAUGUUAUUUUGAUGUAUGUAAACCUAACUUUUGGAAAAUUCAGGUUAAUUUUGUGUAACAUAAAUUUUCUUUGCGUUGUCAAUGUGCAUUGUUAAUUUCCCAUAAUAAGGUAAUGAACCGUAUUCAAGAUUGAUGGGAAAAGGGUGUAAAAAGUUUCAGUCUUUUUUUAACUCCUCCAAUGAAACUGUCUAUGGAAUGAUCAUGUAUUGAAACCUUCAAAUUUUAUGCAUGGUUCUUUCAUAUAAAUUUAGUGACAUUUCCCAUUGUAAAUCUGGAGAUUUGGGUUUCACCCUUUGUGUAAAUGUUUCCUUAGACGAGAAUUUGUUUUAGCCUCUCCCCUUAUAGAUGUCUAUUAAUAAAUGGGUACGUGGUUGUGGUUUUUCAAACGUUGGAUAGUGCUUUCAAAUGAAUAAAUCACAAUCUGGCAGGUAAGUAUUAGGAAAACCACAAACACUAUAUUGUUAUGCACUGGAUGGAGUAUCUAGUGGAUAGCAUUGUCCACCUUUUGAACAACUCACCUGGGCCAUUAAUAUACUGUAAGGUUGACCCAAUGGUGACCUCCUCUGUAACAUCCCAUACAAAAGGAGUAGUAAUAUUCCUACAAAAGGUGUAUCAUACUACACCUAACUGAGUUAAUCUUUGGCCAUAGGCAUUUCUACCUCAUUGGUGUGCUUUUUCUAGGUAAACUAAUAGUUGUUGUUCUGAGACUCUUUUUAAUGAAAGCGACUUUUGAAGGAAGACGGGCAAGAAAUCUAGAGUGCUCUUUGAUAAAACUGCUUCCUAAAAAUUAAUGUAAUGUCAUCAUUGUCUUGUUACUUUUGUAGAAUUUGCUGCUGGGGUGCUAGAGAGAGGCCCCAAUCCUCGCCGUGGAAACAAAACAGACAAUGCCCACCCUCCAAUCCACCCCACAAAGUACACAGAUGGCUUACAGGUAGCUGCUACAGUAUCAUAUUUCUUUUUUAUUGUGAUUUUUUUUUUAAAUCUUAGACAAAAGAGAACAUAACAACAGUCUGUGAGAGUUAGGAAAAUCCUGAGUCAACAAUAGUGUUUCUUGAACUUCUAUGUGAAUAGAGAGUAAAAGAAUAAUUAGUACUGUAAAUGUGUGCAAAUUGGUAAAAUUUUGAUCUGAAUAAUUCGUGUAUGCAUCAAUAUUUUUUAUUAAUCAAUAAAUAUUCAAACACUGUUUCAUCAGUUUAUAAUUUAAUAGAAGUCUAAGGCAAAGAAAGAUAAAGUGAUUUCAAUCAACGCUGAAGCUGGUUGUUUGUCACACGUGGUGUAAAGCAAUGCGUUUUGUACGUAAGUUUUUCAAAAAAGUAAUUUACAGAACUAAAACUUAACAAAAAAACUUUAUUUUUCAGGGCAAUGAAAAAAGGCUGUAUGAAUUCAUAGUAAGACAUUUUUUAGCCUGCUGUUCUGAGGUGAGCAGUCUUGGUUUCCUUACUGUGCCGAAAUGAUUACAUAUGUUUUUGUUUUGAUUUUCCUGCUGCUGUUCCCAGCUUCUCUAUGAGAUUAUGAUAGCAUCGUGUUUUUGUUUAUAGGAUGCAAAAGGGCAGGAGACUAAUGUGGAAAUAGAGAUUGCUGGAGAAAAGGUACACAACCCGCAUAUAACUUACAGCUCUGAUAGAACUGGAAUAUGUUAUUAUUCACAAAAACUUUAUUCUUAUAAACUCUUAUGAGUUUGGCACCAGAUCAAGGAGCCUUGAAUUAUUUGAAAAGUUCUUUACAAGAAUGGGGUAUGUGCCUUCUUUGGUUAUUUGUUUUUAAAGCAAUUUCCAAAUUUGGAUAACAAAUACAGCAUUACAAAGUUUCAACAGGCUACAAGAAAAAUUUCUGCAGGGCACCUUACAUUAUGAUGCUGGAAUCACUCCUGGAUUUAUUAAGAUCAUAAUCUACAACCAGUUAAUUUAAGGGAAUUGUUUAGAAGGCUUGCUAUUCAAGCUUAAAAUAAUUAAAAAAAAUAAUGUUUUUAAUAAAGUAUGAUCAUCUUCUAGUUUACAGCUAAAGGAUUGAUGAUUACUGCAAGGAACUAUCUUGAUGUGUAUCCAUAUGACAACUGGAAUGCAAGGGUAAUAUAUCUCAUGGUGCUAAUAUUUACAGGGCUGUCAUGAAAAGAUUUCAAGUUCCCCGGUAAAUACAACAAGUAGGCGCGGAAUCAGACAGCUAGGGAUUUCUUUUUCUGUUAUUUUUCUUCCAUUUUCCUGUGAAAGUAGCCGGCGCCCCGUUCUUAGUAACUGGGGGAAAUCCCCAGCCCCCACCUCUUAAUGACAGCUCUGGUUUACCCCAAAAUUUAUUACUCUGUGGUGGUCAGAACCUUCUCUUGUAUCCAACCAAAAGUGUGAAAGGUAAUAAGGGUAAUGUAUUUUUAAGAAAGAUUUUUUCAACAGAAGGUUUUCACUUUACAGUAAGGAUUAUUUUACAACGUAGUCCACACCUUGUUUUAAACCUGUAGAAGUUCCUACAGGGCUCAAGAAUCAUUUGAAUCCCAGCACAUCCUUCACGCAAGUACCUCUUACAUUUUUCUUGCCAUUCCAACUACUUGCUUGUCUUAGUUAAUGACUAAAAAUAUAUAUAUAUAUAUAUAUGUUUUUUCAUACAUGUGUUUGUUAUUUUGAAGUGUCUGUAUGGCAUUAUAUUAUGCGUAAAUAGUUUGUGCUUUAUUUCUUUUUCUUGUCUUGUUUUAGACAAUCCCAGUGUAUAAUCAAGGUGAAGAAUUUCAACCAAGCUCCAUUGAGGUUGGUAAACAAAGUGCCAGUUUCUCUCAUUAGUUGUAUCAGAUUGGUUAGUGUACCAGGUCCAAUGUACUGGCAGGUGUGUAUGUUGUUCAAGUCAUAUCACUGGCUUCAUUUUUUUCCCUUUUUUAUAAAGAGGGAGGGGCUGGUUAUGUAUGAUAAUGAGUUAAAACAAGAAGAUAGAAUUUAAACCAAGGAAAAAACUGACCCACAACAUGUAUAAUUAUUACUGUUGACAAUAUUGUGUCCUAAUGAUGUUUAGUGAUGGUCAUUUUUCUAAACUAUUCAUGUUGUAAUCACCAGAGAUUGUUAUCUAAAUUUAUGUCAAUGAUAAUAUAAUGUGUGGCAAAACUAGUAUUGUCACAGAUGAAAACUAAUACAAUGUACUUCAGCCACAAUGUCUUUGGAAGAAAGAAGGCUUCAAAGUGUAUUUUAGCAUGUCUGCUAUUGUUAAAUGUUUGAUUUUCAAAUAAAGCUAUUAUGUCUCGUCAGAUGGUUGAUGGGGAAACCAAGCCACCUCCACUGUUGACUGAAGCUGACUUGAUUGGCUUGAUGGAAAAGCAUGGGAUAGGUAGGAAGAAAAACAACAAUACUGAAGUCACUGUUUAAAGUAAUCUGCCAGGUGACACACAGUAAAAACCUGCAACUAAAAACCUGGUUUUUAAGAACUUGUUGGGCUAAAAUUUGUCAGUAAGGCCCCCUUUAGACAUGAAACUCUUUAGGUUCUUGUUUUCCAAAAUCUAUAACAACAAUUCUUUACACUUGGGCAAAAGAACAUCAAAAUUCAUGUGGUCAGUGCUUCAUUCCUUCUUCUCAUAGUCAUUUUUACAUAAAUACUCUGUUGGUAUGAAGAUUGUUUAUAAGAAAUGAUCUGAAUACCACUAAAUGCUCAUAGCCACCAUGCUUUUUUUCUUCAGACAAUAAGAACCUAUUUAAGUAGCCUAAAUUUGUACAAAUUCCCAUUAAUAUGUACGAACCUGUUUAGGCUAACUUGGGAGAAUGCAGGUUCUAAGUCGUUUUUUUUUUAUUGUAUAUGAAAAGCUGAAUCAUAGUAUUUUUUACCUCAGGGACAGAUGCUACACAUGCAGAGCACAUUGAGACCAUAAAGAACAGGUGCUAUGUGGGAGUACAACAGGAUGGGACCUUCCUUCCAGGCCAGCUUGGAAUGGGACUUGUUGAAGGUAAGAUUUGGAUCCAAUGAAUUACAUUAUUUAACAGCAAUAAGCUUUAUUGGGAGUAAGAAUGAACUAGUGUCUUGGCUUAGCCUUAUUUCAUGAAGGAACCAUUUUUAAACCUUUGAUUCUCUGUAGCAAAGGAUAGCUAUGGAGAAAAUGAUCAUACAGGGAAUCCAAUUUUUGGCAAAUUCCUCACGUUACCACUGUGCAAAUGAGUCUUCUUCAUUAUCAUUAGUUAUGAACGCGUGUUUGUUUAAAAAUGUUAACCAUACGUAGGAAGUACAUAGAAUCAGAAUUGGCAAUUUCCUGCCAGUCCUUUUAUUUCCUUUUUUCUUUUUUUCUUUUUUAAAGGUUAUGAUCUGAUGGGAUUUGAGCUUUCAAAACCAAGAUUAAGGGCUGAACUUGAAGCUGAUCUUAAGAGGCAAGGAUGACUUCAAUUCACAUUUUUGAUUUGUUGCCAGCUGUUUAAGGUUGUAUGUUAGGACCACUAAGUAUAACUAGGGACUGGUGUGGUAUGUUUGUGUAAUAGCUACAAAUUGAGUGUUUUGGUAGACUGUUUAACAUAGACUACGAGUAGUCCCCCAUUUUUCCUCAGGGAUAAUGGAGUGAGCGAAACGAAAAUCACCCCAUGCGAGAAAAAAAUCUCUCCCCGCCGCAUGUCGCCUUUUCUCGCGUGGGAGAUCUAUUAUCCCUGAGGAAAAAUGGGGGACUACUCGUAGUCUAAUUAAACAAGCUCUGUUGCCUGGCUAAACAGUUUAAACUGCAGUGCUAGUAUCACUAGGGUCAGACUAGUGGACCAGUGUAAUGAUCAAGUACUAGCAGCUCCCAUUCUUUGCAAAAAUACACUUACAAGCUGGUGCUGGUCUUGGCUAAUUUUUUGUCAACUUACUGUUUUGGCAGAAUUUGUGAAGGAACACGAAACAAGGAUGGUAAGGCACCUAAGAUACCUGUUUACGGUAGAUACGUAUACUAGCAUCCUCCUUCAAUGGGCAAGGAUUCAGGCAAAUCAUUGCCUAACUACAUGUAAAUCAUUAACUAAAACCGGCAAGAAGUGGUUCUGGGAGAGCAAAAUGUGAGGGCUACUUGCCCAAAAAACAAGCUUUGAAGUCCUUUUCUUUUUCACAUAAGCACCCCCUACCCUCCCCUAAGAAAAAAUUACCAAAUGUGCUGUAUGGAGGUAGAAUAGAGGCAUUAUGGGCUUUAUAUGAGCAUUUACUGUAUAGUACUCCACUCUCACCAUGUAGCCAGGGUUCAAAUCCCAGCUCAACACCAUAUGAGGGUUGGGUUUGUUUUUGGUUCUCUCCCUUGCUCCAAGAGGAUUUUCUUGGUUUCUCCCGUUUUUCCUUCUUCUCAAAAUCCAACACUUCCAAAUUCCCGUUCGACGUGGAAUGCACGGGCACAUUUAAUCGAGUUAGGCGCUUCGUGGGUAAACAAAUCACAAGUUACAAUUACAGGAUAAAGUAAGAGUACUGUUAGGUUGUGAGGUUUCGAGUGAAUGACUAUCCUUCAGGAUUUCAUCUUUACACUAAUACAGAUUAUGUUUCAGUUGCUCAUUACUGUAUGUUAUGAAUACCUCUGAAAGAAGUAAAGAAGAGAAUACCAUGCCAUGCUGAAAAAGGCGUAUACUUAUUCUUUCUUUAUUUAGAUGUUCUUGUAGAGCAAAUAGCAAAGUACAAGGAACAGUUUGUUCAGGCUGUGCAGGAGGUUUGUUUACAUUUCAUGUCUGUUAAACUGCGAACGAGAAAGUAUUUGUGGCGAAGAACCAAUGUAGUUUAAUGAUCAUCAAAGGUUGCUUAUUCUUUCUCAGUUAUGUCUGAGUAAAUGACAAUUGACUCAGCUCUUCUUGCUGAGAGGAGUGGCCACGCACUGUAGGGAAAUGGAAUAACUUUUAGACAAAGUUCCAGAAACGAUGUGUUGUUAUUUCCACCUAACAGGUGAAUUUACGUUAUCUUAUUCCUUCCUUAUCAUAGGCAGUCAAAUUGGAUCAGGCUCUCUCAAAUUAUUUUGGGGAUCCUAAAGAGUUUCUUGAUGAAGGUUUGUACAAAAAUAUGUUGAGGUACAAUUUUUUUUUUACUUGUGUAGAGUUUAGGUUUCACGUAGUUUGAGAUUUUUUUUUUAAAUACGCGUAGUAACUAUUUGUAUUAAAUUUAAAUAACAUUAAUGAUGUGGGGUUUGUCGAGUUUGUAUGCUAAGUUUCUUUGCAUCCUUUGAAUGGGCCCUUUGCAGCUUGUCAUUCAAGUGUCACAAAACCGCCAUACUGGAGAGCAACAGACACACAGGGACAAGGGAAGCUAACAGCUCGCAUCAUUUAAAAUGACAGUGGCAGAUCCAGAGGAGGCCCCCCUUAUUUUUAGACCAAACUGAGGGCCGUAGGGCUGAGAAAAUUUUUUUGGAGACCGCCCCCUCCCCCUUAUAUCAGGGUCUGGAUCCGGCACUGAAUGAUAGUCUCCUUUGUUUGUCUUGUCCCAGUGCAUCCCUUGUUCUCCAGUGUGAUGGUUUGGUACAAUGUGAAUGACUAUAGCUUCAAAGGGCGUGUUAUAGCCUGACAUUACUACUUUGCCACUUUGUCUGACUUUUAAAUGUAUUUUUUCAAGUUGCCGCUCUCAUAGUCUCUGUUUAAUUGCAGUUCUGGGUAUAGAGAAUGAGAGAGGAGCAGAACCUUUGCGUCUUUGUCCCAGAUGUAAGACAGAACAAAUGGUUCUGAAGAAAACAAAGGACGGCAGGUGAGAGGGUUUAUGAGAACAAUAAACAGCCAGAUGAAAGAAAGAUGACAUAAUACCUGAGUAUGAACUGGGAAACUGCAGGGUAUAAGGGACCAUACGUUUACCAAACCAGCAAGAGUUAGGCUAAGUACUAAUAAGCACUGCAUAAGAUUUUUCUCUUCUAUUAUUUUUGCCAGCCUUGUAAGUCUCGCUUGCGUAAACAGCAAGACUCAUAAUCUGCAACGCGUUCUUCGUCUUAUUUAGGACACAAAAGGGGGUCAUUGUGCCAGGCGUUCCUAGCGGAGACCGUGGAAACUGGGAAUAAGAAAUCGUUGCGUGAUCGAAGCCACGCAUAUUUUGCGAAAAAAAAAAGAAUCUUAAUUAGCAAAACUGCGAUAGUCGGUUGCUGUAAACUUUCAUUGUAUGCAAAUGGGUCUUUUGAUGAGCAUGCGGUUUAUUUUCAGCGAUGAUUGAAAUGACAUGCCUCGUAAAUCACUUCUUUGAUCUCUGGCAAUGAUGUAAUUUCUCUGGAAUCGAGGCCCUUGAUUUUUUGUGUAUUUAUACACGCGUAUAGCCUGCGACCGCAGACGCAUUUCCGGUCGUCGCUAACACGCGUACUAAAUCAGUUCAGAAACAAAUUAAAAGUAUCGACGACGAUAAAGUAGGAAGUAAAAAACCUUUAGCGAAUAAAUCCUGUUUCGUGUAGAAUUAAUCGCCUCCUCAUUUCUCGAUCUAAUCUCCAAGUCUUUCGGGAUCCUUACUUAAUCAUGCACAACAGAUAACCAAAAAAUCAGAGAAUAUCUUAUGUAAUGAGUAAGUAAUAUUGCUGGGCUGUAAGAUUCAAGUUGCCGGGUAUAUGCAAUCAGUAGGUGGGGAACUAAAUAGCCAGGGAGUUCUUUUGGACUCAUCUUCCUUUCGCUUCCUACGAAUUUAGCCAGGGAUCAUGCUCAUACAUAGUAGCUGUGGGAACCCCAGUCCUUAGUGAUAGUCUUAAUAUUGGAUGAGCCUGAGUAUGAUAUGAAGAAUUGCGCAGGUCGAGAAGGGUGUGGAACACUCUCCGGGAUCAGCAUAAUUCUCCAUAUCAUACUCAGCCUCGUCCAAUAACUCUUAACGAUUAGAUAUAUGUUGAGACUGAGGUAAACAUCAUGGGAUAAAGUAAGCAUUGGUAAAGCGAGACGCGUCUAUGACGCUAUCUGUAUCUUACUUGUCUCAUCCACAGUUUUAUGAUUGGAUGUGAAGGUUAUCCAAGGUGCCGUUCUAGUGCUUUUUUCCCCAAAUUUGUCUUGGAAGCUACAGUGCACGAAUCUUUGUGUCCAAAUUGUCAGCCAGGAGAUGUGCACAAAAUCAGCUUCAAAUUCAAGAGAGGCUCUGUCCCACCAAUGAUGCCGUUGGAGUAAGUUUUGUUUUUUCAUUUAUUUAUUUCAAACAAAGUUAGUUAAAUGUUUAAUCUUUUAAGGAACGUUAGAAAAGCUAAUGAAUGUGAGAAGUUGUUGUUGUUGUUGUUGUUGUUUUUUUCAUCACAGACGUUCGUGGUGUAUUUCUGAAGCCAUUGUUGAAGUUUAAGCCGUAUGAUUGAUAUUUUCACUGGCAUUCACUUGAAGAAAAUUUUCUUUUUAGGUACGUGGGCUGUGUUGGUGGAUGUGAUGAUACUCUUCGAGAAUUACUGGACUUGAAAGAUUUGACAAGACUUCCCUCGGAUUCAGGUAGAAACCACUAACUACACACAUAUUAUUUGUCCACUUAAACAAAUGCACCAGUUUAGCAACAAAGAGAGCAAUGGCCCUUGCACCCGUAGGAUUUGUUUGGUUUUUUUUGUCAGGGAUUGUGGCCCUGAAAUUGCUGAAAACGCGCUGAAAAAUCCCCUUUCCUUCACCCUUGAUCAUAGUAAGCAGUCGAUGUGACGGAACGAGAGACUACUGAAUUUGUAUCAUUUUACAGGCCGAUGUUGGAAUCUGAAAUUUUCGUAUUUGAUUUCCUGUUAAACUCCUAAAACUUUUUUCUCUCUUCUAAAACUACUUUUCCUCUAUUGUUUUUUUUUUUUUUUCAGGAGGCGCAAAUUUUUCUGGAAGAGGAGGGCGAAAUCCUCAAUCCGGCAGCAGAGGAAAGAAACAACCUGUGGGGCGUGGUCAAAGUACAAUUAACAAUCCCAGAGAAGGUGGUAAUCAACUGUCCACAAGGCCUUCUCAGCGGAGAACUGCACAAACGGUUCAGACGAAUAGGAAUGAAGGACGUAAUAUUACCACUUCUGGUCCGGCUUGGCAACAAAAUAAUGGGAACAGUUCAUCAUUUCUAACAGGUAUGACUCCGUAUAAUUACUAAAAAGGUUAAUGAUCAACAGAAAAAGCCAUAACUAGGGUAAUAUAUAAUUGUUAUUUGUCUGAGGGUGAGCUUAUGCCGUCUAUCGGCAAAUAAAAUAAAUAAAAUAAAUAACGAUUUGCAGGUAGUACAUCCACAUAGUGGUUCUUCGUCUACCUGAUUCCUGGUCGAAUUGGAAUUUGGAAAUGUUGGUUUUUGAGGAGAGGGGAAAACCGGAGUACCCGGAGAACAACCUUUCGGAGCAAGGGAGAGAACCAACAAUAAACUCAACCCACAUAUGGUGUCGACGCCGGGAUUUGAACCCGGGCCACAUUGGUGGGAGGCGAGUGCUCUCACUACUGCGUCACCCUUUCUCCCAAACCAAUUUUUUUGAUCUUUUAAACCUUGUAAGUUCUCUAUAGUUUAAUAUAACAUUGCAAAAUGUUUUAAUUCUAGAAUGUUUUAUUUUGCAAACAUGAAAUACGUCUGUAACUUAGCUUCCUCUCUGUCAAUUUAUAGGACUCGAAUUCCUUUUGAACUCGCUUUCAUGUACUCGUCCCUUGGUAAUGGUGUCAUGAGGUCACCGAAACGUUGAUUCAUUAUAUCGUUAGUUUUUACACCUAAUUACUAAUUGCCUUUGCUUUACAGGUUCAGGUUUUAAUCAAUUCCCUUCGGAAGGCUAUUUUGGUGGGUACGUUCUGUGUUAGUGUUUAAUGUGCCAUUAUAAUACCAUUGGGCUAAUUCGAAAGGGACCCAUUUUUUCAUUCUCGAGAAUUCGUAUUAUGUACUAUUAAUUUUAUCUGAUUUUGUCCUUUUGACAGACAAGACAAUGAGAACUGUGUGGUUUGCACAUGUGGACAGCCAGCAGUAAAGUUGACUGUGAGAAAAGAUGGGCCCAAUAAAGGUGAGUUAGAACAUGGUAGUUACGCAAGACCUGCGGGACAUAUAAAAUGACUGGACAAGUCUAACAUGACACCUGGACUGAUACAAUCAUUACACUUUAACGAGUCUCAGUUGCUAUCAAUAGUAGCAAAACUGGAACCGUCAGAUAUGGAAAUGUCAAACCACUUCGAUAAUAGCCAGUUUUAAAGUCGUAUGGCGUAAGAUGCUAUCUGAGGAUGGUGUAAUCUAUAAUCGAACUGGUUUUAAAGGAGGCCACAUAAUGGUCGAUACCUGCUCUUACUCACCUUUAUUGCGAUUUGAGGAUGGUAUACCAUUUCACUUUGUAGGUCGACCAUUCCUGUGGCCUGCUUUAAAACCAGUUCGAGUAUAGUCAGUUGUAGGUCAGUUUAAGUUUUCAGGUCGUAUGGCGGGAAGAUGUGAUCAGCUAAGCUGGUAUACUUUUUCACUUUGUAGGUCGACCAUUUUACAAGUGUUCCAAUAGAGACGGUGGUUGUGAUUUUUUCCUAUGGGCUGAUGAUUCAGGGAGUUCCUCAUCAUUCAGUCACGCAGCACCUCCUGUGCCAUCCAAUAGCAUCAGCAGGAAUAACGUCGGUGGGUAACAGAAGCGUUGGUCACUUGUAGUGCAACCACUUAAACCUGGGCCACUCAGACAAAAUCGAAUGACAGGAAAGUAACAGUAACUUUUAAAAAAGUAGUUUUCGAGCCAACUAGCAGCUCAUAGGGAACAACAACCUAAUGGAAGCACUAAUCUAUGAAAAGCGAAAUUAUCCAGUAAAAAAACGUUAACAUUCGGCAAAGUUUUUAUUGUUUGUAAUUUUAAAAAGAACGCUCGUGGGACAUAUUUGUCUGUCAGAAAGCUAUCAUUUCGUCAUUCACAAUCAACUUCAUACGAUUUCAAGUAAAAAAAUUUAACCAAAGUUUAGGUUUUUUACUUUACCGUCAGGCUCCAUCACGAACCUCCCAGAAAACUGGUUUGCUUCAUUGGGAUUAAAGGUCACGUCUGUAGGUUGUAAUUGGUAUAUUUUGAUCCCUUUUUUUUGUUUCGUUGCAAUUAUCAUUAACAACCAACUUUCCCGGAAUACGUUUUUCUCUCUUUUAUCCGAGUGUUUCAAUUAUGUCAAGGAAGCCUUGGUAUAAACAGAUUUCUGACUGAAUUUUAUUUUUCUGUAGGGCACUAAUUUCUCUAGAAAUAGUUUUGAGUUUUUUGUUAUUUUUGUUUUCAAGGAAUUCUUAGUUCUGUUUUCAUUAUCAGUGGAAAGAAGUAGGGUAUUAACAAUGGGUGUGGUCAUACUAAUUGCCUUUGCUUUUCAGGUCCACGUGUUAAUCACUUUCUGACUUCUGGAGGCCCCUUUGGUGGGUACGUUCUGUAUUAUUGGUUACAUUAAAGGUGUUGUCGAUAGAGUAAAUCUUCAGGUGACAGAGGUAAACUUCGUCUUGUGGCCAAUAAACUAUUCAGCCUCCUAAUGAGUUGUUACUGGUUAUGUCUAACAGAUCAGACGAAGAAAACUGUGUGGUUUGUACUUGUGGACAACCUGCAUUAAAACUGACAGUAAAGAAAGAUGGACCUAACAAAGGUAAGGUUAAUGAAGGCUUCCUGACCCCUGUGCAAUUGUAAAUUGUACGGAGUAGCUACAAAAUGCCUGCAUGACAUACUAAGUGAUAAGACUAGUCAUCUUGAAAGUCGGGGUACAGUCUUCAACCCCCCUGCCUUUUGCCCCCAUUAGGUAAGAGUAUGGGGCUAAAAAGCAGCUGUUAAAGCCGUGAUAUUUUGGAUUGGUCCGCUGCCAUCUACCAAUAGGUCUAGACAGAGAAAUUAACAAGGUUUUGUGGUACUUAUUUCGCUACUUACUUUAAAAUUCUAGGUCGAGAAUUUUUCAAGUGUUCCAACAGAGACGGUGGAUGCGAUUUCUUCCUGUGGGCUGACGAUGAUUCAGGGAGCUCUCUAUCAUUUAGUCAUGCAGCACCUCUGACCCCCUCCAAUAACAUUAACAGGAAUGGCGCAGGUUGUUAUUAGAAUAUAGCAGGAAUAUAGAAUAAGCAAGUAAAGAAGUGUAAUUUCAUGGCAGAUUUUUUUGAAACAGAAAUACAUUUUUUUCAAAGUAUGCCAGUUACCAUGUAGAUUCAAAAGUUGCCAUGACCCACGAUAUGCUACUUAUCUGUCACCUAUUCCAUCAUCGUUUAGGAGACGUGGGCAAAAUACCUGAGCUAAUACUGUAUCAUUAAAGAACAUGUAACGAAAGUACAAUGGUUAUGCUAAGAAUAUUGUUCCUUUACCCUAGGAUUCUAUUCGGGGCAAAACUCGACUGUCGACGAUAGGUACGUUUUAUUCUUGGAACAAUUUACUUCACAUUUCUAGUUGUUUUAAAACCUCCUAUUUUUGUCUUAGGCUAGAUUUUCACUGUCGCGUAAUUUUUACGUGCGUGUACACGCACGUUAAAAUGCGUGAAGUUGAGCGAGGUUCACCUUGUACUUUUACGCGCGAUCUUGUACACAUUGCCUCUCUUGUAUUUGCGAACGUAAAUUUAACGCACGUACCAACGUAAAAAUUACGCGAUAGUAGAAAUCCACCCUUACGGACGAUACUGGGUUGUUUUCCAACGGUAACGCCUAGGUUGAUUUCCACUGACGCGUUUUUGGCUACGCACGUUAACGCGCGUAAAUUUUAAUCACGUAAAUAAAAUAGAGGAAAGAUAUAAAGUGUUGAGAUUAAACGUUAAGUUGAACGAGGUUCUACUGUUACGAUUAUGUGCGAUCUUUUAUACAUUGCCUCUAUUUUAUUUGCGAACGUAAAUUUUACACACGUAAAAAUUACGCGACAGUGGACAUCAACCCUCAGUCUUAUUUGUACGAUUCUUUAAAUGUUGUAGCAGUUAACUGUAAAUUAAGCGACUUAUCCGAGAGUCUAGUUCAUUUUAGCAACUCCUUCUUUGUAGACCACAUCCACUCAAAAUUCUUAAUAUUUAACAGGAUGGUAAUGCCAUUAGGUUUUUUAACCUAUCCGUCAUAAAUGGCUGAUGUUUGCAAUUCUUUAAUAUUUAAUAAUGUUUAAUUUUGCAUUUGUAGCGGAGCAAGUCCCUGUUGUCACUGCGGGCAGCCUGCUGUGAGGUAAGCAUAGAAUGACCUACAGUGUGGUUUAAAGAGCUGAUGACACGAAAUUAUUUUAAACUGAUUUUGGUCCGUAGUUUAAGUAACAAUUGCUAACUAAAAAUAUACCCCCAAAAAAACUUUUCUUGAAUUUUGCCGUCCAAAAACUGCUUUUUCCCCUUCAGAAAUGUCACAAAGGCUUGGAAAGAGUAAAGGAUCAAAGAAAGGCUAAUGACGUCUAGUGGCGUUAGUUACUCUUCCAAUUCUGGUCAUUGCUUUGUGUUUUGUGAAAUUACACGAUCAACUUGACUGUAAUGAAGGUAUAACGAAGGAAAUGAAGAUUAUAAAUCCUUCGUAUUUGCCAUCUCGUUAAAUUAUGCUACAUUCUUGCAAAUAACUCUACAUCAUACUUGUCAAUUUGGCCGCGUUAUUGGGCGGACAUUUUUAAAGGCAAAUUCGUGUGAUUUAAAGACGAAAAAAUGGGUUUAAGAGAAAUUCGUGUCAUAUACUCUUUAAACGAAUUUUAUAGCUAUGAAACGCCGAGAAAACUGUACAAACCAAAGCUAGUACAGUGUUGAUUUGUUUAAAUCUUGAGCCGUUAUACAUGAGAAUAAAAUCUGAAGGACCCUUGGAUGUCAAACUGCUUGCUUAUGUUCACGUUGCAUGCAAACGUUCCAGGUUUUUUUGAUUUCCAACCAAUUCUAGCUACUAACACCAUAACUACACGCUGUUUAGUCGCACAGUUUCCAAAGAAGGACCAAACAAGGGCCGGCCAUUUUACUGUUGUUCUAAGCCCAGAGGCCAGGGAUGCGAUUUCUUUGAAUGGGGAGACAGUACCGGGCCAUCAACGGCCAACAGUUACAAAUAUAAAGGACCGUCUGGUGCAGCGCGAAAUGGUGGAGCAACCAAGAAGCGAAAGUGCGGACUCUGUCAUCAGGAAGGUAGGACGGAGAUAAUAGGAACUUUAAGCAAAUCGCUAUGGCGACCUCUACUACGGCGGUGGUGGAUGUGGAGUCAUGGGGAGAGUACGUCAUCGUAGCCCGCCAAAUUUCUACUUUAAGCAAGCAGUAUCCAAAUAGUGACUACGGAGUUUCUCGCUCAUUUGCUUUCGUUGUUAGUAAAACGCAGGGACGACGUAAGUGCUAGAAGCCAGAAGCGUCAAAUACUUUCUUGAUAAAGUGAAAAACAAUCUAUGAUAGGUUUUAAAAUCAUCGAUUGUUCAAAAUAGGAGAAAAGUCGAAUUUUAUACUCAGGUAGUAACGACUACGCCACAAGAGAGUCUUCACGUUGUAGGAUUUGGAGCUACGACGAAAGGACAAUUCCGAGCAUGAGCACUGCAUCAUUUUUGGGCUUUUUUACUUCCGGCCGUCAUAGAAGAGGUCGCCGUAGUGAUUUGCUUCAAGUCCUUAAUGUAGUGUAAAUAUUGACGGAGAAGCUACUUUACGCCACACAUUUCUUUAGAUCGAGUUGCAAUGUUUUUUUCCCAGGCGAUCCUAGAAUUCUGUGCGCAAAACAUAGGUUUCCAAUUACUGAAAAAGUAUUCGUUGCCCUAUUUAAUGAAACCGCGCGAAAGAAAAAAAGCAAUGAGAGGAUGAACAUUGUCUACUGCUUCUUCAUGCUAGUAAUUUUCUUGAUUUUUUUAAUUUUAGGUCACACCAAACGGUCCUGCCCAAUGAACAGAUAACAAAGGUAUUCUGUCGGUACUCCGUAACCUCUGUACAUCUAUCGGUGGAUAUCGACAAAUAUUGUAUAAUACUUUCAAGACUCGUUGCGAUUACUUGUAAAGCAGUUUUCGAUGGGUUUUGUUUAAUAUGGCACGUUUUAAUCUGUAUUGUACUUGGAAAGAGCCAAUUUUCGAAAUUUACAGGUCAUAUUUUGUUAAGGUAUGUCAUUUUACUGCCACAUCAAUAAAACAUCAAGAACAAAGGAGCCGUGGAGGUCAUAUAUGUUGUUUAUAAUUCUCAAGCCCAAUUGUUCGGUCGUGUGAUCACUGUUAAAGUGGGUUACAGGAUUAAAGAUCUCUUGCUCUUCCUUUCAGUUUUGCUUGUAUCUGAAUGAUCGAACAUCCCUUGGUCUUCAGAUAAUAUUUCUAAACGCGUGAGUGGGGCGGGGACUGAAUGCAGAGAUGGGCAGUUGCCAAAAUAUGGAAAACAAAAUAUAUAAGACGUUUAAUUUGACCCAAACGCAGCAACAACGCAAAAAAUAUAUCUUGGUUAUAUCUUAGUGAAACUGUAAAACUGCGUCUUGCACUUAACAUAGCAGUUUGAUGACAACAACGACAAGAAGUGCUUUGAACAGCCUUCUUUGUUUUACUUCCUCUUGUCCGCUGCUCAUCUUUAGUGCUGCAGUCUUUACACCAGUUCUUUUUUCUUGUCGUUUUAACGCCGCAUUGCACUCCUCGUCUUCUUUUGAACACUGUUCUUUUCCUGUAAAANACUAACACUAUAACUUCACGCUGUUUAGUCGCACAGUUUCCAAAGAAGGACCAAACAAGGGCCGGCCAUUUUACUGUUGUUCUAAGCCCAGAGGCCAGGGAUGCGAUUUCUUUGAAUGGGGAGACAGUACCGGGCCAUCAACAGCCAACAGUUACAAAUAUAAAGGACCGUCUGGUGCAGCGCGAAAUGGUGGAGCAACCAAGAAGCGAAAGUGCGGACUCUGUCAUCAGGAAGGUAGGACGGAGAUAAUAGGAACUUUAAGCAAAUCGCUAUGGCGACUUCUACUACGGCGGUGGUGGAUGUGGAGUCAUGGGGAGAGUACGUCAUCGGAGCCCGCCAAAUUUCAACUUUAAGCAAGCAUUAUCCAAAUAGUGACUACGGAGUUUCUCGCUCAUUUACUUUCGUUGUUAGUAAAACGCAGGGACGACGUAAGUGCUAGAAACCAGAAGCGUCAAAUACUUUCUUGAUAAAGUGAAAAACAAUCUAUGAUGCUUUAAAAUCAUCGAUUGUUCAAAAUAGGAGAAAAGUCGAAUUUUAUACUCACAUAGUAAACGACUACGCAACAAGACAAGUCUUCACGUUGUAGGAUUUGGAGCUACGACGAAAGGUCAAUUCCAAGCGUGAGCACUGCAUCAUUUUUGGGCUUUUUUACUUCCGGCCGUCAUAGUAGAGGUCGCCGUAGUGAUUUGCUUCAAGUCCCUAAUGUAGUGUAAAUAUUGACGGAGAAGCUACUUUACGUCACACAUUUCUUUAGAUCGAGUUGCAAUGUUUUUCCCGCCCCCCCAGGCGAUCCUAGAAUUCCUAUUUAAUGAAACCGCGCGAAAGAAAAUAGCAAUGAGAGGAUGAACAUAGUCUACUGCUUCUCAUGCUAUUAAUUUUCUUGAUUAUUUUAAUUUUAGGUCACACCAAACGGUCCUGCCCAAUGAACAGAUAACAAAGGUAUUCUGUCGGUACUCUGUAACCUCUGUACAUCUAUCGGUGGAUAUCGACAAAUAUUGUAUAAUACUUUCAAGACUCGUUGCGAUUACUUGUAAAUCAGUUUUCGAUGG